AUGGCGCUCCGUUGGUGCGCCAACAUCUGCUGCAGGUUGGCUGCAGCAUGGUUUCCUCUGCUCCUCUCAUCACUGCUGUGGCAAACGAUCUAUCCCGUCUACGCUGUCCCAUCCUGCCCCCGGACCUGUAGCUGUCCAGGUGUUAAAGAGGUCCACUGUACAUUCAGACACUUGACUACCAUACCAAAAACCUUUCCUAAAGAUACAGAGAGGCUCAACCUGGGCUAUAACAGCCUGACGGAGGUUGAGGGUUCAGAAUUCAGGUCACUACGGCAACUGGAAAUGCUCAUGUUGCAUGGCAAUGAUGUUAACACAGUCCACCCUGGGGCGUUUUACAGCCUGAGAUCACUCCAGAUCUUGAAGCUGAGUUACAACAAGCUAACAUCAGUGAAUCCUGGACUGUUUGAGGGUCUUGUUAGUUUGAUCCGUCUUCAUCUGGACCACAAUCUUAUAGACUUUAUAGAGCCAUACUCCUUCUCUGGCCUGACCUCGCUGAAACUUCUGCAGCUGGAGGGAAACCUCCUCAAAGACAUCCACCCUCAUACUUUCAUUACAGUGUCACUACUAGGAAGCUUUUGGACCUCUGGACUCAAACACUUACACCUGUCAGACAAUCUGUUGGAGCAGCUCCCUGCAGCAGCACUGCAGACUGCUCCCAGGCUUGAGCUCCUCUCUCUUCAUGGUAAUCCCUGGACCUGUGACUGUCACCUGCACUGGUUGGUAGAAUGGAGUUCCAAACAUGAAGGUGUAAUAAAGUGUAAGAAGGAACGUGGCACCAAUGAGAUUUGUCCCCAGUGCGCUUCUCCUCAACCCCUGAAUAGUACCCUCUUGUUAGGGUUAACUGUGGACAAGCUUACCUGUGAACGUCCAGCUCUUCGCUCCCCUCUCAAACAGUGGGACAAUCCAGUGUGGGCUGAAUCUGAAACAGAGCCGGACCUUCCGUACACCCGAGAUUUUGAAAAACCUUUGGGUUCCCUGACUUUUGUUCUCUCUGACAGCCAUGGAAACCAAGCUCAUGUGGCAUGUAAUGUUCGCCAACCUGGAGAUAAUUUACCUAUGACUUGGACCAUAAAUCCCCAUUCACCUGGGGAGUUAUCUGUCAAUGUAUCGCUGGUGACUGUCCUUGAGUGCGAGAUUGAUCGGGAGACAUUGCAAAAUCUAUGGCAACUGGUUGCAUAUUACUAUGAAAGCCCUGCUAUUCUGGAGAGAGGUCAACAGAGAGGGAAUGCAAGCAGAGUAACCUAUCAAUAUUCCCAAACUGUAAAUGAAAACUCUCCAUAUUUCACAGAAUUAAAAGGACAUUUGGCGGCAGAACCCUCUUGGCUGCUUCAACCCAGAGUCACUUUGAAGCUCAACAGACAGCAGACAACGACUAAGAAACUGGUGAUGGAUUUCACUACUUUAAUAUCAAAGCAUGUCAGCAGUCAUAGAGGGCAGGACGAUGACACUGACUUUACUUCUUCCUGGGCACAGAUGCGGAGAGGGACAGUGGGACGGGUUCAAACAGCUCUCGAGGGUUCAAAGGUUUACUUAGAGUGCAGUGUCAUCACUUCAGAUCCAGAGGUUAAAGUUGAAUGGAUGCUUCCUGAUUUGUCCAUUGUGGAAGAUGCAAAUGAUAAGAUAGAAAUUUCUGAAAGAGGAGAACUUGUGAUUAUAAAUUCCACACUGUCUGACUCAGGCCUCUACCACUGUAUGGUCAGAACCAACGCUGGUGUUGACCUGAUGCCUUUAAGACUCACAAUUAAAGAACUCUUGCUUAGCCCCAAAGCUUUCAAUGGUCAGAAAAUCGUAGUUGAAAAGGGACAUUCUUUAGCUCUUCCCUGUGAUGUGACUUCAAUUCAGCCAUUUCAAACUAUGUGGUACCUGCCCAAAAAUCAAAUUCUACUCCCCACACAACAGACAAGAAGAGCAGAAGUGAUGGAAAAUGGGACUUUGGUAGUAAGGAAGCUGACACAAGACGAUGCAGGAGAAUACAGCUGCUUAGCCUCAAAUCUGUAUGGAGUUGAUAUGCUAUCACACAUGGUGGAAGUCAAUGAUAAAAAGGCCUCUGAAAAGUCUAAAGUACAGACAGAGGGGGAGCAGAAGCUUUUACCAAUUGACAUGGAGGAAGGAGAAGGUUCUGGGGGAUAUUACCAAGAAAUUAUACGUCCUUUUGCCACGCAGUUUCCUAAAAGUGUAGGAACUCAGCAAAGGACCCCUAAUGGGUUUUCCAAAAAUCAGAGAAUUAAAGAUGCAAAAAGAAAACCCAAUAAAUCAGUAAAGGAAUUAGAUCCUAAUCGUUGGGCAGAAAUACUGGCAAAAGCAAAUGCUAAACCAAGUGGUUCUCUGCCUACAGAGCAAUCACUCGAAGAGCCCAGUACUAUAACAGUCAAAACAAUUACACGCAAACCUACUAAAACUCUGACUAUGAUUGUUACUACUACUACUAGCAACUUACUCCAUACUACAACAACUACCUCUCCUGAUACUACAGUAGAGCCAACAAAUUUUAGAGUUAGGUCAGAGGCCCAUUCUGAAAAGGACAAAGACAUUUAUAUCAAUAAAGACUCUGAAACACUAGAAAGUCUACCACCACCUCCUACAAUUAUGGAACCAUCCCUAGACCAUGUGAGUGGAAUUACAGAAGUACCUCAAUCUGUGACAGCCUCACCUGUUAUUGCUACCUUCCCUCCAGAUGGGAGGAGGAACCACAACUUUGUUCCUGGUCAGUCAAACAGGAGACGGCCCCCUUAUAGACGUAGAAAACCCCCAAUGAGAAGAGUCCAUCCACACCUUAACCCCUUUAAACCAUUAAACAAGCCCCACACAACUGUUCUCCCAACAACAACCACCACACCAACUACUACUACUACAACUACUACUACAACCACUACUACUACUACUACUACUACUACAGCACGUGUUCCAACCACACCUGAAAAUACUGAAAGUCUAUCUGCUGAGUAUCAGACAAAGGACGAUGAAAGUGAAUACUAUGACGAAUAUAAUUAUAAGGAUAGUGAAAAAUUGGAUGCCAAGGAAGAUCUGAACAUUGAAACUUUUCCUACCACAGAGGAUAUUGACAGCAGCCUUACCACUUUUCCAACUAUUACAGAAAAGGUUCCUGAUGUAGGCAGAAUUCCAGGCAGACAUAAUUUACCUAAUACAAAGUCAAUUGUCACUUCUGAGAUAGACAACACCCCUCAUCCUACUGAAAGGACUGUUGAUGAAAAUGAGAAAUUUACAGUUAGCCUUGAAGAAUUUGAGAGACGGAGGGAUGAGAUCAGAACACUAACCGAAGAAAAGAGCAGAGACAGUGAAAAUCUUGCAGUGGAGAGGGAGAUAACAAUAGAACAGCAAGAAAAACACAAAACAGUCACAGAAGACAGUGAGAGAGACACAGAAAAAUCUAAAAAGGAAGGGGUUACCGAGAAGUACAAUACACAGGAUGGCAUGCGGUUAACAACACAAAAGAGGCCAAGACUAAACACUCGACCUUCAUUUGAGCAAAAUACACCAACCCAAGAAGUACUUUCAUCUCCUAAACCUAGAGUAAAACCUGAGAUCCACAGUUUUCCAAUAAUGGAGCCAAUUCACCCCUGGCUCCAUCAGCACAACCAGGGACGAGAGCAACCUACCAACUCCAAGACGAUACCGACAAAUCAAGAUAGAAACACAGGAAGACAGGGGGGAGUAAUUCCAGGCAGACAAUCCCAGCCUCCCAGAUACACUCCAACCUCCCAGAGGCCUUCACUCUAUCAUCAUCAUCAUUACCACCCUCUCUACCCCUCCUGGCCAGGUCAAAGGUCAUUUCCUCAUCCUAGGCAAGGUCCUGGGUCACACCCUGUGCCCACCCAUCGACCCUGGUCUCUGCCCCACCCAUGGACUAAAGGCCCAUUUUUCACCAACAGACCAGAAAUCACUGCUGAAACAGUCAAACCUACAGCUACAGCCUCUGGAACAACAAGAAAGCCUCAAUUCACACUCCCUAAUCCCCAGAUAUCACAUAAUCACCACCAAAAUCAAAAUCAUCAUGUGGAUGGCAGUACCCAAACCAUUGAUCAACUGUUUCUGUCAAGGCUUAGGAACAGAUACAGACAGGCACAACUUGAUCGCAUCGCUCAACUUGGGAGGAUGGUGACACCCAAACCUCGCACAGGCUACGACAAUCCUCCAUCCCGAAUUGCACCUAAACCUAACCCUCCAUCCUUGUACAGACCCUACAGCCCCAAGCCACCUGCAACUACUUACAUUUACAACUUGCAACCUUCAAACCCGGCUAAACCUACAUCAUCAUCAUCCUCUGGUUUCAUCCCAACCCCGCGCCAAUAUCACCCAACUACCCCUGAGGUUCUGCAUGGAACAGGACGAAUCAGCUCUCGUCGGCCAACAGCUGCCCCACCUUUUCCAUGGAUGUUUGGAGCUGGAAGCGGUGGAAUGAAGUCACGCAUCACCACAAUAGCAGCAGCUAGUGUUUCAGUACUUGCAGAGAGUGAUGUCUUCCUGCCCUGUAAAGCAACAGGGAAUCCAGAACCUUCUAUCGCAUGGACCAAAGUCUCCACAGGUGCCACCAUCCCAGCAAACAGCAAGCAUGGUCACCGUUUUGAAGUUUUCAAGAAUGGAACUUUUGUUAUUAGAAACAUCCAGCUUCAGGAUCGAGGCCAGUACCUCUGCACGGCACAGAACCGAUUUGGAUCAGAUCGCAUGGUCACUACCCUAGCUGUCCAGACCGAGGCACCCAAGAUCCAAGAACCAAAGUCAACAGACAUCGCAGCCUAUUUAGGGAGAGCUAUGACUCUUGACUGCCUUGCCUCUGGAAAACCGCCAGCCCAAAUUUCCUGGAUUCUUCCAGACAGGACAUUUGUUCGUGAAGUUGGGACUGUUCGCACUCUUCUCUCUCCAAUGUCUCUGCUUCAAAAUGGAACCCUACAAAUAUUUUCUGCCAAUUUCUCCAACAAAGGGGACUAUAAAUGUAUAGCAAGUAAUGCAGCAGGUGCUGAUACAAUUACUUAUCAUCUCCAUGUGGCAGCUCUGCCUCCAAGCAUUAGUGAAGGAGCAAUGGAUACUGUUGUCAUUCAGCCAGGCAGGAGUGUGUAUAUCCACUGCUCUGUGAAAGGCGAACCAAUGCCUGCUCUGAAAUGGAUGCUCCCAGCAGGUGUCCAUGUAAAGCCGUCACAGUUUCUGGGACGCAAGGUGUUUGUUUUCCCUAAUGGAACACUACUUGUGAAGGAUGUUUCGCCAUCUGAUGGUGGGAGGUACAAUUGUGUGGCCACUAACACUGUUGGAAUCACCAAAAGGACUGUCCAGUUGGAGGUGAGGUCAGAUUCUCCCUCUCUCUUCCACCUGCCUCCUAUUCCCGUUCCUCCAACCCACCGCCAUGCUGUGCCAUCCCGGCAACACUCUGUCUCUGCUAUGUAUGGUUCUGCCGUCUACCUCCACUGUCCAGAGUCUAGCGGAUCCACAAGAGGGACCAUCUGGCAGCUACCCUCAAAAACUAUUCUGGAACACCGAUACAGCCCAGAGAGACCAAUUAAAGUUUUCCGUAAUGGGACUUUAAGGAUUCUUCAGCUAACAGAGCUAGAUGGUGGAAAUUAUCUGUGUGUCUUUCAGCGGCCCAAUGGAGAAGACAUGGAGCUCUUCCAGGUGGAGGUGUUGAUGACCGCCCCCAGAAUUGAACAUGUGAGAACUGCACAGACCAGGGUCAUAUUUGGAGAAAAUUUCCAGGUGGACUGUGUUGCAACAGGCCUCCCUGAUCCAGAAGUUUCCUGGAGUCUUCCUGACGGAACUUUAGUCAACAAUGCCCUUCAGUCAGAUGACAGUGGCCUUCGCAAUCGUCGCUAUGUUAUCUUUGGCAAUGGAACCUUACUUCUCCAACAGAUGGGAAGAAAAGACGAGGGUGACUACACUUGCUAUGCCAAGAACAAACUGGGAAAAGAUGAGAGAAAGGUCAGCGUCAAAGUGGGACCAAAUGCUCCCAAGAUUAGACUUAAAUCACAAUCUUUUGUGACAGUUAAGCUGGGAGAAUCUGCAAAAUUGAGUUGCCAGGCAACAGGUGAACCUAUACCAAGAAUAACGUGGAUCUCACCACGGAAUGAUGUGAUACCUGUGUCAUCAGACAAAUUUCACAUUAUGGACAAUGGGACAUUAGUGUUGAAAAGGGUGAAACUUGCUGAUGAAGGAAAAUAUGCAUGUGUGGCACGAAAUUCUGCGGGUGAUGAUGUUAAAAACAUGAAACUUGAAGUUGAACCCCAGGAACCUUUCAUCAAUGGUAUGAAAGGAAAGAGGAGCUCAAAGAUUUUGGGUGUUUCAUACCAAACAGUGCUUCUGGAUUGCAGAGUGGAAGGAAAACCCGAGCCAAGAAUCUUGUGGGUUACUCCUUAUGGCAACUCACUCACAACACCCUACCUUGGUGGUCGCUUCCAAGUACAUCAAAAUGGGAGCUUGGAGCUGAGAGGGGUUAGAAAAACAGAUGAAGGGAAAUACAUGUGUGUAGCUAAAAACCAUCUGGGUGAAUCCUCUCUCCUUGUUGAAUUAGAGGUGGCAUCACUCGCAGAGAAACCGAGCUUUGCUGUUCCCAAUAUUGAAAUUGUACCAAUAAAGCAAGAUGGAGGGGAACUGAUCUUGGAGUGUCCUGCUCGUGGCAAGCCGAAUCCUGAAUUUGCAUGGGUGCUACCCAACGGGAUGAUGUUAACACCUGGUGUUAAGCUCCAACGCUUCACCCAUCAUUUGGGUAAUGGAACUCUACAGAUCUCUCAACCAGUUGCAACUGACAAGGGAGUAUACCGGUGCCUAGUAAAAAAUGUGGCAGGACAAGCAGAAAAACGUUAUGCACUGGAAGCAGGAAGAAAGCCGGUGAUCAGGGGUUCCACAGGUGGAAUGAAGAUCACAUAUGGCCUUAAUCUCAAUUUGCCUUGUACUGUUGAUGGUUGGCCACAGGCGUCAAUCACAUGGACUCUACCCAAUGGCCUUGUUUUGAACAAACAUCAGACUGUUAGCCGGGUAUCCUUUCUUGCCAAUGGGACCCUCCAGAUCAGGCAGGUCACCACCUUUGACAAAGGAACAUACAUCUGUAAAGCCUUCAACUCUUUUGGCUCAUCAACUCUAUCCUACCCAGUUGCAGUGAUGGUUUUCCCACCACGCAUCACUAAUACAAUGACCUCAAUUACAAGAGUAAACCGGGGAUCGUCAGUGACAUUAAACUGUGUUGCGACUGGUAUUCCCAAACCUGAUAUUUCAUGGACGUUGCCUGGACGCACAACGUUGGUUCCACAUAACCGGUUCACAAUGCAGGGAGGGAUCCACAUGACAGAAGAGGGCAGUCUAGUCAUACAGAACUCUGUGCUCAUGAACUCUGGUAUUUACAAAUGCAAUGCCAAAAAUGCUCUUGGAACAGACUUCAAAUCUACAUACCUACAAGUAGUCUGAUUACAGCUACUCUCUAAUGGGAAUUAAGACUGAAUCAAGAUUCUUCCAUCAGGA